GUCUGGUAUUACUGUAACUAAUAGUGUUUAUUAGUAAACUAAGUAAUACAGUACUAUAAAAUGCAAAUAUAUAUAAAACAGGUUAGCAAUGAUAUAUACAGAAGUGUGGAUAUAGGAAUUAACAUCAAGCUCUUUCAAAGUCUAGGGGUAAAUGGAUAGUCUUACGAUGGUGAAGAGUUCAGUUUAGGUAGAGAUAGUUCUGGUGUUACAUUGGAGAGAGAGAGAGAGAGAGAGAGAGAGAGAGAGAGAGAGAGAGAGAGAGAGAGAGAGAGAGAGAGAGAGAGAGAGAGCGAGAGGUGAUGCAGUUGCUGUCGAACCAUCCGUUGUCUUCCUGUCCUGUUAUGGUCACCAACUGUGACCCCGUACCAGGCACGACCAUUCUUCAGUGGUAGGCCUGUCACCCAGGCGAGGGUGGACACACAAACAAGCCCCCAUUGGUCGCACCUUCACACACUGUGAGCCUGUGAUCGAUUCCCCCGAAUCGAUCCUCCAAACCCCCACCUUCACAUAGGUACAAAACGCUCUUUCAGUGUCCCGUGGUGUGUCUACUUGUGUCUUCGCAGACCUGCUUUUUAUCUACCCAUGCGGGGUACCGGCCGUCCAUCAGGCCGGUCCUGCCUUGCUGUCUCAGCAAGAAUCCUCACAAGCAGGCAAAAAAGGUGUCCUUGGAGCAAAGAAUCUGAUGUCGCCGACUUUGAUGGAAGAAGCACACUGCUUUAUAGGUUUAACCAGAAGAGCAUGAGCACAAUCAAAGACAUUGUCUCUUUGACAUUCAAAACAAUGCAGAGUGAUGGAGUAAUGUUGCAUGGAGAGGGGCAGCGGGGAGAUUACAUCACUCUGGAGCUGAAGAAAGGCAAACUCUUACUACACAUCAAUUUGGGAGAGACAAAGUUACAUUCCAUCAGUGGUCACACCUCGGUCACACUGGGCAGCUUGUUGGACGACCAGCACUGGCACUCCAUUACAAUCGAACGGUACAACAAGCAGGUGAACUUCACUGUGGAUAAACACACACAGCACUUCCGAACCAAAGGAGAGUUUGAUUACCUGGAUAUUGAUUAUGAGCUCAGUUUUGGAGGUAUUCCAGUUCCAGGAAAAUCAGUGACUUACCAGAGGAAGAAUUUCCAUGGCUGUAUUGAAAACCUCUAUUACAAUGGAGUGAAUAUUAUUGAUCUAGCCAAGAGACGCAAACCUCAGAUACACAUUCUGGGCAAUGUCAGUUUUUCAUGUUCAGAGGCACACAUUAUCCCAGUCACAUUCAUGAGUCCCAGGAGUUACUUGCUGCUCCCCAGCCCACCUCAAAUGGAAGGAGUGAGCAUUAGUUUCCAGUUCCGCACCUGGAACACCCAUGGACUGCUUUUGUACAAUGAGUUUCCUGGAGAUCCGGGAGCAUUGCAGAUUCACCUCAGUGAUGGAAGACUGAAAAUAACCAUUCUGAAGAUGUCAAGGACCCAAACUGACUUUGCUACAGGUUCAAAGCUGAAUGAUGGGCAAUGGCAUUCUAUUCAUUUCAGUGUGAGGAGGAAUCAAGUUAGCAUCAGCCUGGACAAUGAACCUAUCUCGACUGUUCAUUCAGAUGCUCAGAUUAAUUCAGGAAGCAGUUAUUAUUUUGGUGGCUGCCCUGAAGCUGCCAGUGACAAUGGAUGUUCAAACCCCUUUGGUGCUUUUCAUGGCUGCAUGCAACUCAUCUUCAUAGACAAUCAGCCAGCAGAUCUCAUCUUGGUACACCAAGGGUUGCAUGGGAACUUCAGUGACCUACAAGUAGACCUUUGUGGAAUUGUAGACAGAUGCUUACCAAAUUACUGUGAACAUGGAGGAGUAUGUUCCCAGUCCUGGAGUAUGUUCUACUGUAACUGUACAGGGACCGACUACACUGGAGCCACCUGCCAUAACUCGGUGCAUGAGCAAUCAUGUGAAGCUUACAAACACAAAGGGAACACAUCAGGUUUCUUCUCCAUUGAUCCCGAUGGCAGUGGGGCAGUGGGACCUCUCCUUGUGUACUGUAACAUGACAGAUAAAACAUGGACUGUGAUCCAGCACAACAACAGUGAGCUCACCGUCAUACAGGAGUCCACUGCAGAAAGACCCCACCUCGCUCUCUUUAAUUACACAGCCAGCAUGGAACAGCUUCAAGCCAUGAUUAAGAGCAUGGAGUAUUGUGAGCAAGAAAUGGCCUACCACUGCAAGAAGUCACGCCUUUUAAACACACAAGAUGGAACACCAUUUACAUGGUGGAUUGGGAGAUCCAAUGAAAAACAUGUAUACUGGGGUGGUUCAUCAUCAGGAGACCAAAAAUGUGCAUGCAGAUUGGAGGAGAGCUGCUUAGAUACGAAGCAUCACUGUAACUGUGAUGCUGUUGGUGAUAAAUGGACUAAUGAAACAGGACUCCUUUCCUACAAAGACCAUUUGCCUGUAACACAGAUUAUUGUUGGGGAUACAAACAGAAAACACUCAGAAGCAGCCUACAAACUUGGACCACUUCGUUGUUAUGGUGACAGAUAUUACUGGAAUGCAGCUUCAUUUAACACUGAGAGUUCGUAUCUCCAUUUUCCAACAUUCCAUGGGGAGAUAAGUGCUGAUAUUUCAUUUUUCUUCAAAACAACGGCUUCCUCAGGAGUUUUCCUGGAGAACCUGGGAAUCAAAGACUUUAUAAGAAUAGAGCUGAACUCUCCAAUGGAAGUGGUUCUUUCAUUUGAUGUGGGUAAUGGACCGUUGGAGGUUAUUGUGAAAUCACCAAUGCAUUUGAACGACAAUCAAUGGCAUUAUGUUGAAGCAGAAAGAAAUAUCAAGGAGGCAUCUCUUCAAGUGGAUCACCUGCCAAGAAAGUCUCAAGAGGCACCCUCUGAUGGGCACAUUCAGUUACAGCUCAGCAGCCAACUGUUUGUAGGUGGAACAGCCUCAAGACAGAAGGGCUUCCUAGGAUGCAUUCGCUUCUUACGGUUAAAUGGGGUCACCCUUGAUCUUGAAGAAAGAGCUAAAGUUACCCCUGGAGUGAAGCCUGGCUGCCUGGGACAUUGUAGCAGUUACGGUAACCUGUGUCACAAUGGAGGAAGGUGCAUAGAGAAAUACAAUGGCUAUUUAUGCAACUGUAGUCACUCUGCCUACAAUGGUCCAUUCUGUAAAAAAGAGAUUUCUGCCAUCUUUGAACCUGAAACAUCACUGGUAUACACAUUACAGGAACCUUUCACCUUGGUCAAGAAUUUAAGUGAUCUUUUACCUGCUGCAUCCUCAGAACACACUUUUCUCAGAGAAAAUAUUGCAUUCAGUUUUCGAACUACACACACCCCAUGUAUGCUUCUUUAUGUCAGCUGUCUUAAUGAGGAAUAUUUGGCUGUGACUCUCUCCAAAAAUGGGAGUUUUCAGAUAAGAUACAAACUGGAUGGUGAUGGAGAUCCGGUUUUCAUUAGCAUCAACACGAGAAACUGGGCGGAUGGCCAGCUCCACAGUGUCAAAAUCAAUCGAGAAGAGAAGGAUGUCUAUAUUAAGAUUGACCAAUUUGCUACCAUGAAGUAUAAUCUCCCCUCAGAUACAAAUCUGGAGUUUAAUGCCGUUAUCUCUCUCAUUCUUGGCAAGAUUAUGGACAGUGACAAUGUGGAUGAAGAGGUACUGAGGGAAAACACAGAAGGCUUCAUUGGCUGCCUCUCCUCGGUCCAGUUUAAUGGGAUUGCUCCACUGAAAGUUGCCUUGCAUCAGCCCAGCUCUCCUGUCAUCUCCAUAAAAGGCCACCUGGUGGAAUCUAACUGUGGAUCUUCAGCCCUAAGCGAAUCAACGGCCUUCACCACCUCGUACUCCUUUACAGAUCAUUCAGGAGCAAUAGAUGUGGGGGAACCUUUAAAAAAUUCAGUCAGAAGUGACUCAGCUGUCAUUGGAGGUGUGAUAGCAGUGGUGAUUUUUGUCACCCUCUGCAUCACGGCCAUCAUGGGACGCUUGUUGUGCAAGCACAAAGGCACGUACCGCACCAACGAAACAAAGGAGGUUGAAUAUGCCGAGACUGCAGAUGCCACACUGAGGACCAAUGCCAAUGUGCAGGACUGUGUUAGUGAGAGCACAAAAGAAUAUUUCAUCUGACAGCAAUCGAAGCACCUCCUCAUUUCGACAGUUGCAACAGCAGAAAACGCCAACAGACUGGAUUUGCUGCCUGCUAUGAGUUCACUGUAAAUUCUUCAGACUAAUUUGCCAAACAUUGGCUCCAGGAAUUGUGCAGUUCACAUAGGCAGAAGUUAAGUUUUCUUGUUAAUGGUGGGUGAGCUCAGGGGAGUGAAGAUGUAAUUUUUUUUUAGAAUUAAAUAAGGAUAUAGGAGCAGCUACUGAAUGUUGAAACUUGUUUUAAUUGGCCCAAAGCCAAUAAUCCUAUUUAUUUACAAUGCAUUAUUUUAUACAUUGACCACUGCAGUUGAAUAAU